CCUUACUUGACCUGUUCAGGUCCCUGUGGGAGUACACCAAUGGAGUCAAGGUGCCUGCUGUCCACUUUGUGUCUCCUCUACUGCUGGCCAUAUCUAUGUGCCUGGCAGGGUUCUUCAUCCAGUAUGAGAGACUGAAGGGCAGACAGUCUUCAGCCAUCCUCUUCUUGUUCUGGCUGCUAGCCACUCUGUGUGGCAUCGUCACAUUCCGCUCCAAUAUCAGGGUGGCCUUGUUGGAGGGAGGUGUGCAGGAUACGUUUAGAUUCGUGACGUUCUACCUGUACUUCCCCCUGGUGCUUGCUGAGCUCAUCUUGUCCGUCUUCAGUGAACGAGCGCCACUCUUCUCUGAGACCAACAGAGAUCCGAAACCCUGCCCAGAGGAGACAUGUUCCUUCCUGUCCAAAAUAACCUUCUGGUGGUUCAACCCACUGGUGAUACUGGGGUACAAGCGUGCCCUGGAGAGGGUGGAUCUGUACUCACUGAACCACGUGGACAGGUCAGAUCAUGUGGUUCCAGUCUUUGAGAAGGAAUGGCAAAAGGAGCGGCAAAAAUGCCACCGCUCUCCGAAGCAAGGUUGCAACACGGGGUCAGAAAAUUUCGAGAGUCAAGAUGCCAAGGUGGUAUACAACGGCCCUCAAGGGAUGGGAAGGGACAAAUCUGAGCUGAUCGCCGGUAAAGGAGAAGUGGAGAUCGUGGAGGGAUCCAAGGAUGUGAAGCAGUGUAACCCGUCACUCUUCAAGGCUCUGGUCAGAUGUUUCUGGCAUCUGUUUGCCGUCAGUGCUGCCUACAAGCUGGUACAGGACAUUCUCCUGUUUGUCAGUCCACAGCUCCUGAAGUUGUUGAUUUCUUUCACAAAGGACAAAAGCAUAUUUUCAUGGAAAGGCUAUGUGUAUGCUGUCCUGCUAUUGCUUGUGGCCAUCAUCCAAUCAUUGGUGUUGCACCAGUAUUUCCAUGGCUGCUUCGUCAUGGGCAUGCGCCUGAGAACUGUCAUCAUAUCUGCUGUGUACAAAAAGUCUCUGGUGGUCACCAACGAGGCUCGCAAGUCCUCCACCGUCGGUGAGAUCGUUAACCUGAUGUCGGUGGACGCCCAGCGGUUCAUGGACCUGUGCACGUACCUCCACAUGAUCUGGUCGGCGCCGUUCCAGAUCGCCGUGUCGCUGUACUUCCUGUGGCAGACCCUGGGGCCGUCCAUCCUGGCAGGGCUGGGCGUGAUGAUCCUCCUCAUCCCCAUCAAUGCUGUCAUGGCAAACAAAACCAAACAGCUCCAGGUGAAACAAAUGAAGGAAAAAGAUUCUCGCAUCAAACUGAUGAACGAGGUACUGAACGGCAUCAAGGUGCUGAAGCUGUAUGCCUGGGAGCUGUCCUUCAAGGAGAAAAUCGAGAAAAUCAGAUCCAAGGAGCUACAGAUCCUCCGAAACACUGCAUUCCUCAACGCUGGAGCAUCCUUCACAUGGGUCUGUGCACCUUUCCUGGUUUCCCUGACAACCUUUGCUGUGUAUGUGAUGGUUGAUGAGAGGAACAUUCUGGAUGCAGAGAAGGCCUUUGUGGCCCUCUCGCUUUUCAACAUCCUCCGCUUUCCCCUCAACAUGUUACCAAACCUCAUCACCAGUAUGGUCCAGGCCAGAGUUUCCUUACAACGUUUGGAAAAUUUCCUGGGUCACGAUGAGUUGGAUCCCAACAAUGUGGACAGACACGUCCUGAGAGGUCCUCCUAUUGCCAUUGAGGAUGGCACGUUCAGCUGGGGGAAGACAGAAGACCCCAUCCUCAAGGAUAUUAACUUUGCAGUGCCCGAUGGCUCACUGGUGGCAGUGGUUGGUCAGGUGGGAGCAGGAAAGUCGUCCCUUCUGUCUGCCCUGCUGGGAGAGAUGGAAAAACAACAUGGAUACGUCGCUGUCAGGGGGAGCACAGCAUAUGUUCCCCAGCAGGCGUGGAUCCAGAACGCUACCCUGAGGGACAACAUCCUGUUUGGCAAGCGUCUGAACAACUGCCACUACAAGGAAGUCUUGGAGGCCUGUGCCUUGGGUCCAGACUUGGAGAUGCUGCCUGGCGGUGAUCUAACAGAGAUCGGAGAGAAGGGUAUCAACCUGAGCGGUGGACAGAAGCAGCGGGUGAGCCUGGCCCGUGCCGUCUACAGCGACUCCAACAUCUACUACCUGGACGACCCUCUCAGCGCCGUGGACGCACACGUCGGGAAACAUAUCUUCGACAACGUCAUCGGACCUAAUGGCAUUCUGAAGGGAAAGACGAGACUGCUGGUGACCCACGGGAUCAGCUUCCUGCCUCAGUGUGACCAGAUCAUGGUGCUGGUGGACGGGCGCAUCUGGCUGCUGGGGACCUACACCGAGCUCAUGGAGCAGAACGAGGCAUUUGCCGAAUUCAUCCGCAACUACGGCAACUUCGAGGACGAGGAGGAAAACGAGGAAGGAGAUCCCACAGAGGACAUCGGUGUACUGGUGGACGAUGAUCUGUCCCUACCGGCACAGAAUGCAGAGGAGGAUAAUCCUGUCACCCAGGCCAGAAGGAUGUUACAAAGACAAAUGAGUCGAGACAGCCGUGUGCGAACAGUGAGCAUGAGAAGUGACACCUCGUUCUCAGAAAGAGGCAGCCAGCGCAGCUUACACCGCAGUCAUGAGGGGACACCGGAGAGCCCGUCCAAAACGCUUGACGGCAUCGCAAAACCCAUCCCGCUGAAACGCGUCCUCUCUCACGAGCAGAAGUGUCAGCUGCCCCAGAAGAAAGACACCAAGGAAGGAGACAAGCUUAUACAGAAGGAAGUGGCAGAAACUGGCAGGGUGAAAGCCUCAGUGUUUGUUGAGUACAUAAAAUCCGUGGGCAUCGUCUUGUCCGUCAUCAUCUGUCUGCUGUACUGUGCUCAAAACGCAGCGUCCAUCUACUCCAACAUUUGGCUGAGUGAGUGGAGCAACGAUCAGCCCAUCAACGGCACCCAGGACACCGCCAAGAGGGACCUCCGCCUCGGCGUGUACGGGGCCCUCGGAAUCGCACAAGGGGUUACUAUAGUGCUGGCAGCGUUCUGCUCUGCCUAUGGCGGGAUCCGAUCCUCCCUACACCUCCACAACAGGAGCCUCCUGAAUAUCCUGCACUCACCCAUGCAGUUUUUCGACGUGACCCCCAUGGGGCGCAUCAUAAACCGCUUCUCGCAGGACGUGAAUACCGUGGACGCGGUGAUCCCCAUGAUCAUCCGCAUGUGGCUCUCCUGCAUCUUCUGGGUCCUCAGCACCCUGUUUGUCAUCAGCUUUUCCACCCCCCUGUUCCUGACAAUUAUCGUGCCACUGGCCCUGCUGUAUUAUUUCAUACAGCGGUUUUACGUUGCGACGUCCCGUCAGUUGAAGAGAAUCGAGUCCAUCAGUCGUUCCCCCAUCUACUCUCACUUCGGUGAGACGGUACAGGGUACGAGCACCAUCCGUGCGUACGACCGCGAGCAACAGUUCUUCUUCCAGAACCAAGCCAAGGUCGAUGAGAACCAGGUGGCAUACUACCCCAUGAUUGUCUCCAACAGAUGGCUGGCCCUGAGGCUGGAGUUUGUUGGGAACUGCAUCGUUCUGUUCGCCGCCUUGUUUGCUGUGAUUGGUCGCGAGACCCUGAGCCCAGGAAUAGUGGGUCUGUCCAUCACAUAUGCCCUUCAGAUCACCCAGACCCUGAACUGGAUGGUGCGCAUGACCAGUGAACUGGAGACCAACAUUGUGGCAGUGGAGAGAAUCAAGGAAUACGCCGAAACACCAACAGAGGCUGAUUGGGUGGUGGAUGACCACAGGCCACCAGAUAACUGGCCCAGUGAGGGCAAGGUCAACUUCAAUGCUUACCAGACCCGCUACCGAGAGGGGCUCGACCUUGUCAUCAAGGGCAUCGAUGUCAGCAUCAGAGGGGGAGAGAAGAUUGGAAUUGUGGGUAGAACAGGAGCAGGGAAGUCGUCCCUGACCCUCGCCAUCUUCCGCAUCAUCGAGGCGGCGGGUGGAGACAUCGAGAUCGACGGGGUCAACAUCUCCAAGAUCGGCCUGCACGACCUGCGCGGCCGUAUCACCAUCAUUCCUCAGGACCCAGUGCUGUUCUCUGGCACCCUGAGGAUGAACCUUGACCCGUUUGAGAGCUGCUCUGACCAGGACAUCUGGGCAGCUCUGGAGCUGUCUCAUCUGAAGAACUUUGUCAUGGGGCUGGGGGCACAGCUGGAGCACGAGGUGUCCGAGGGAGGGGAGAACCUCAGUGUUGGUCAGAGGCAGCUGGUGUGCCUGGCCCGUGCCUUGCUGCGGAAGUCUAAGAUCCUGGUUCUGGACGAGGCCACAGCCGCCGUGGACCUGGAGACAGACGACCUGAUCCAGUCCACCAUCCGCACACAGUUUGCAGACUGCACCGUGCUGACCAUCGCACACAGGCUCAACACCAUCAUGGACAGCACAAGGGUGCUUGUUCUUGAUGCUGGGAGGAUAGCCGAGUUUGACACCCCCCAAGAUCUCAUUGCCUCACGGGGUAUCUUCUAUGGAAUGGCCAAAGAUGCAGGACUGGCUUCAUAAUUAGUGGUUUGGAAGCUAAUCCAUAUUUUAUGUAUCUAAAUACAGUAGUGUAUUACUAUUUGAAGUGAUGUGAUUUUUGUACUAGUAAGACUUGAGCACAAUUUCUGCCAAAAGUUGUUAACAUUUAGAGGUGUGAUAUACUUGUAUUAUGACAAAUGUUCUGAAGCCCAGGAGUUUCGAAAUAACUACAUGUACAGAUCUUUUGUCCUAAGAACAGAUGUUUUAUAUCUUAUAAAAGAUUAUUGUAGGGACGUUGUAUCGGCUUGCAGCAUUUCUAAGUAAGUUAUGGACCACAGCUUUUAGAGCAAAUACAUACUAGUAAGCGCUUUCCUUUUUGUGUGACUCAUCAUACGUGUAGAUUGAAGAAUUAGGUUUAUUUCAAUAUAUAAAUAUGCGUCACCACUUGAAGAAUGCAGUGAUUUGUGGAAAACUUUUACCACUUAUUGCCCACACAUGGAAAGGACAAAUCCACUGUUGAUGAUUGUACUCAGGGCCUGUGUAUAAUGGAGGCUUGAUUGUGUGUUGUGCCAUGCAAAAUGUUUAAAUUGUACCUCAUGAUCUUUUAAAUGUAAAUUGUACUUAACUUAAAUCAUAACAGUGCUGCUAUGAUUAAACCUGUACCUGUAGGCUGAGCAGGUGGUCUUUAGCAAAGUUAUUUAAGCAAAUGCUUUUGACGCAGUCAUUUACCUAUGCUGGUAUGCAAAGUAGUUUUCGUUUGUGCUGGUGGAAAUGUGCCAAAGUGUGUAUUAAGCUGUUGCAUAAUUCUUUAUCAUUAGGGCGUUAAAUUUAUGAAUCGUAAAAGUUAGAUUAGGAAAGUAUCAUUUCAUGUUUUGUUAAAUAUCAUGGUAUUUAUCAAGGGUGGAGAUGCUGUAUUGUAUUUUUAUUAGUUUCUUUUUCGCUAUCAUUCUACAACUGUAAUACAGGCAAAUGUACCAGAAAUGUGAUUUAGUGUUGAUUUCUAGUGAACAAAGUAGCUUCGACAUAAAUACUUUUUAAGUAGUGUCGACAGCAAGACUUUUUGAAGGUGCUUGUAUAUUUAGCAUUUUAAUGUUAGUUUGUUCUGUACAUGUGCAUUGCUAUUUUUUGAGCUAUGCAUCAUGCCAUGACCACUGGUGGCAAAUGAUUGUAAAGAAUCAUUAAAAAUGUUAUUUGCCGAAUAUACACGAAUUAAUUAUACAUCAAAAUGAACUAGAA